AUUCGAUCUUAAAUCGAUUUCGUUUCGAUAAUUGACACGUGUCACGUGUACGCCAUGAACUACUGUAUACUGCGCGUUAUUGUUUAUCAACGAUUCAAAAUAUUGGCAAAUAUUUAAUUCUACACAUAUUAAUUAAAUAGGAGAUUUUAUUGAAAGAGAUAAUGUCAACGGCACGUGGUGCUUUAAUAGUAUUCGAAGGAUGUGACAGGGCGGGAAAAUCCACUCAGUUGAAGUUGCUGGUUGACGCGUUGAAACAACGUAACAUUCCGGUCGAACAACGAGCGUUUCCUGACAGAACAACCGUCAUUGGAGAAAUAAUAAAUAAUUAUUUGACCAAGAAACUAAAUUUUUCACUGGAAACAGCACAUAUGUUGUUUUCUGCAAAUCGAUGGGAAUGCAAAGAUGAAAUUUUGAAAUCUUUACACAGUGGUACUACUGUUGUCAUAGAUAGAUACGCUGGUUCAGGUGCUGCUUAUACAGCAGCUAUGACCGGUAGAUGUUUAAAUUGGUGCAAAGCACCUGACAGUGGAUUACCUUCUCCAGACAUAGUUAUAUUCCUCAAUGUUUCCAACGAAACUCAAUGUUCACGUAGCAACUGGGGAGAAGAGCGGUAUGAAAAUAAUGAAAUUCAAUCGCAUGUUGCUUCUAACUAUAAAAAGAUAAUGGAUAAAACAUGGUGCAUAAUUAAUGCAGAUGACGAUAAAUCAAGGAUACAUUCCCAAAUAUUAAAGAAAAUAUUAGGUAUUAUAGAUCAAGUUAAAGAUUUACCUGUUGGUAAAUUAUAUGAAUCCGUAGAAUCUGAGAAUUGAUACUAAUAACUUAAAUAUAGUUGCGAAUGUAACAUAAGUUGUAUUGUUGAUACAAGCAUAAUAACUGCGUAAUAACUAUGACGAAGAAAAUGCGAAUGUGAAUGCGUUGUAAAUGUUAAUAUUCGGAGGUGAUAUGUGGUGUAUCCAUUGAAUGGAAAAUAAACUUAGUACGAUCGACAGCACGAUUAGCUUUCACAUACGAAAACUUUUUGUCCACCGAUUUAUAUUAUUUAAAGUUGUAUAAACAAAUAUUAUUGAAAUCAUACUUAUUUCCGUAGAGUAGGUAAUCAAAUUUAUAUAUACAAAUAAAUUUAUACAAUGAAAUUAAUAGUAGAUAUAGAUUUACUGAAAGAAAUAAAAUAGGUUUAUUUAUUUUUGUUAUGUAAUAUGUAACAGUUAUUUCACGAAAAUUGACGAUUCGCGGCCUUAUAUAUAGUAUUUUUUUUUUUUGGUCUUUCAAAACAGUUAAAGAGAUCUAUUAAGCGUUUAAACGACAGGUUGGUUAAAAGAGAUAAAUUAUCAUUUUGAUAUGGAUAAGAAGUGCAUGCUAUUUUUUUAUACGCGUAUUAAUUCGUUCUUAUAAAUAACAGCUUUUAAUUAUUAACAACAAAUAACACCAGCGAAUAUGGUAUAAACUUCCAUUUUGUAGUAUAUGUUAAUUAAAGCAUACUGAUUCGAAUCGAUCGAAGGUAGCAGCAGAAAUUAUGAUAGAAGCACAGACGACAAGUAUACAUUAUAUUCUAUCAGUAACAGACAUGCGAUUAGUACGAGUUGCCACAGUGAUACGGCAAUGUAUCAUAAAUCUCUCAACAUCAUCUACACAUGGCGAAUACUUGUAUCAACUUCCAUAUCUAUUACUAGACUGUGGAUUUCUAUGCAAAUUUAUAUUUUUGAAAAUAUAGUUAAGAAAGUAGAAUCUUGGUAGAAAAUUGUUUUCCUAUGGAGUAUUAUAGAAAACACUGUACUCUGGAUACUUUAUAUAUUUUUUCAUAUUACGCGCAUUUUAUGCAACUUUAACAGAGUAUAUCUUUGUUGUGACUUUAUCGUUUCGGAUAUCAAAAGCAAUAGCGGUAUUCAGAAUGAUUCGAUUAUAAAUAUUUAUAUAACCCGAUUUAAACUAAAAAACAAUGUCUCAAAAGAAUAUUCUUAAAAAGCUUAAAAAUAUUCUUCGUUAUGUAUAAUUAAAUAAAAUUCUUACAAAAAUCGUCUUGUUUCGAUACGCGUAGAAAAAUAAUUUAUAAAAUUUCUCUGCUUUGAAAAUUUUUAGAGAAAUUUUAAUCCCUCGGAGAGAUAAACGGACUUAUGUUAAAAAUA